CAAUAUCUGAUACAUAAACGAGGUAUUUUGGCAACCAACGGUGGCUUAAAUUUUGUAGGUAAUGUCAAUGUAAAUAAUGCGAACUCCAAAUAUCCCGACAUACAGUUUUUUCACUUUCACUAUCCACGGUGGGAUGUAGAUAAUGUGAACACAAUAUGGAAGGUAUUUCCAGCAGAUGAGGAGAUAAAGCAGAAUGUAUUGAAAAUGCUUCAGGAAUUUGAUAUGGCAGUAUUCAUGCCGUGUCUAAUAAAACCGAAGAGCUCGGGUGAGUUGUGGCUACGUAGCAAGGAUCCCGCGGUUCCUGUUAAGAUCUAUGCGAACACUUUCUCCCAGCAAGAAGAUGUUGAAACGAUGUUGAAGUCCUUAGACUUCAUAAAGAAAAUGCUGAAGACCGACACAUUUACACGACAAGGAGUAAGGCUGUAUCAUUUGGACAUUCCGGGUUGUCGACACACUGAACCUGAUUCGGAUGAGUAUUGGAGAUGUCACUUGCGACAUUUGUCUACCGUGUUCUAUNAGAAUGUAUUGAAAAUGCUUCAGGAAUUUGAUAUGGCAGUAUUCAUGCCGUGUCUAAUAAAACCGAAGAGCUCGGGUGAGUUGUGGCUACGUAGCAAGGAUCCCGCGGUUCCUGUUAAGAUCUAUGCGAACACUUUCUCCCAGCAAGAAGAUGUUGAAACGAUGUUGAAGUCCUUAGACUUCAUAAAGAAAAUGCUGAAGACCGACACAUUUACACGACAAGGAGUAAGGCUGUAUCAUUUGGACAUUCCGGGUUGUCGACACACUGAACCUGAUUCGAAUGAGUAUUGGAGAUGUCACUUGCGACAUUUGUCUACCGUGUUCUAUCAUCCCGUUGGUAGCGUUAAAAUGGGUCCACGAAACGAUCCUACGGCUGUAGUGGACGCUAGAUUAAGAGUACACGGAAUGCAAGGUCUGAGAAUCAUCGAUGCAUCUAUCAUGCCAACAAUCACUAGUGGACCCACGAAUGCACCUACGAUAAUGAUAGGGGAGAAAGGCGCAGAUUUAAUUAAAGAGGAUUGGGCAGCUGUAAAGGACAAUCAAGAAUUAUAGAAAAGAGUACAGUUACGUUACAUGUUAUAGGUUUGUUUAUUAUAUAUAUAUAUAUAACUUUACAGUUAAUGUUUCAUUUUUUACAUCUCGUCGUGAUAUAUAUGACGAACUAUUAUACUGGAAAACUUUACUUUAUAAGGGUUGAGGGUACAAAC